GCUGUAUAAAGUGACUCGUACGCGAGUGAGAUUGUUCAAUUGAUAGUGCAUAGGAAAUAGCGCAAAAUGUCUUUUACAACAAAAAGAGUAGAGAGACAAAUGAGCGAGGUGCAUAUCAGACUAAUUCGAAAAUGGUACUAUGACGAUGAUCACAAGGUUGAUGACGAUGCAGAGAGUAUAACUUCAAUUACAAGCGUAGAUGAAUAUUUAGAAGAUGAGCUGUCUACUCCGUGGGAGUUUGCCUUGAAGACUACUUCCUAUAACGUCACAGUCGGCAACGUCUGUCGAUUUUUCUACCUCGCCCAUCGAAAUGGAGGAGGUUCAUUCAUAAUUCCUUACGUCGUCAUGAUGAUAUUCCUGGGGUUGCCAGUGUUUUUUCUAGAAAUAUUGCUCGGACAGUACACCAAACGAGGCCCAAUCAAAAUUUUUGCUCGAAUGGCCCCAGCUUUUAAAGGCCUCGGUCUUGCAUCCCUUUUCGUACUGACAAUCAUUAAUAGUUACUAUAUGGUAUUGAAUUCGUGGUCUUUUUAUUACUCGUACAAGUCCAUCGGACGCUAUGGAAAUCCCAACUGGACUCAUUGCGACAGCCCAUACAAUACCGAAUAUUGUUACAGCAGUUUAAGGGCGCUUGAAUGCCAGGAGGGUCAUUUAUAUUAUAAUCGUUCGUGUACACCAUUGAUGAAAAUAUGCAAAGGGCUUAAAUUUACGUCCUAUUCGACCGCUUCGAAAAGCUGCUUAGAUGAAUCGGGUGCAGCUCAUCCGAUUCGAGAGCUUACACGACGCAUAUUAUCGUCUGAAGAAUUUUUUAACAAUUAUAUUGCAGGAAUAAGAGGAGCUACUUGGGAGCACUGGGGAUACGUAUGUCCCAUACUAUUUGCUAUCGUCACCGGUGGAUGGAUGACUUGCUGCUUUUGCCUCAUUCAUGGUUACGGUACUGUCGGCAGGAUACCGAGACAGAAUUAUCUUACAAGUUUAAUGAUGAUAUAUGGGCCCUUUAUUAUGAUUAUCUUCGUUCUUCUGCUUGCCAUAUCAUGGAUGCCAAAUGGCAACGGUUUCGCCUGGUUUCUCACCCCAGAUUGGAAAGUACUGACCAGUGUGGGAGUUUGGGUUGAUGCAGCCUCUCAAGUGAUUUUCACUCUUGGUCUUGGUUGCGGCACUGUGUUCAAUCGUGGCUCUAUCAAUCCUUUCAAAAGAAACUCUUAUGGGGAUGCAUGCUGGAUUGUCAUCGUGGAUAUAUUUGUCUCAAUAUUAGCGGGCUUCAGUCUGUCCGGGGUCUUAGGUUUCCUUGCCUAUGAAAUGGACGUCGAAUCUAAUAUAGGGGAAAUCGUUAAUAGUAGCCCAGGUGUAGCUUAUGUCGUAUUGACAGAAGGCCUCAGUCGCAUGUGGAUGCCACGCUUUUUGUCAGCUGGAUUCUUUGGCAUGCUUUGUAUUUUUGGGUUUUGCAACCAGUUCGAAGGUAUUCAAACGUUGGCUGUAUCAGUGAUCGAUAUAAAUCCACAAUUCGCCUAUAAUAAAGAAUAUGUGUACUAUAUUAUUUGUGUAAUUGGUUGGCUGCUAACUAUUCCAAUGCUUGGUGGAGGCGGAAUUUAUCUAUUUACCUUGCUGGAAUGGAGCACGUCCAGUAUGGCCCUAUUAUUCAUUGUUUUCAUGGAACUUUUUGUGUCCGGGUCGCUAUACAGUUGCAACCAACUCUUUGAAAAUUUGAGCGAGAUGGAAAUGAAGUUUUCGCCUUGGAUUCGCACUUAUUUGUCAUUAAAUUGGCGUUUCAUUACUCCUAUUUUAUCAUUAGUUGUUUUAAUUCUUCAAGUAUUAUAUUAUCUUCCAUCUAGUUAUGGAUCAUAUAUAUUCCCAGAUUGGACUAAUUACCUAAGUUAUUUCGUUAGUUCCUUAGCAAUUUCGCCGAUAUUACUGGGAUUUAUUCAUCAAAUGAUGACAGGAUCGGCAUCUGAAGAAAAUUUAUUCAAACCAAGUGUUACAUGGGGUUCAUACAAGAAAGCAAGAGAAGUAAUGCUUUCAGUAAUUCAACCUGCGGAACUUCGCUCGUUAGUAAGCUCUUCAACAUCUCAAGCCUUACAAUUAGUUGAAAGACAAGACCAAGAGCUAAGAUCAAGAAGAAAAAAAGAAAAGAAGGUAGAAUUCAUUGAAUUAGAGGACCUAAAAUCAAAGUCAACUGAAUCAGAAAAAUCGAAUGAAGUCAUACCAACACCAGGAACGUCCAUUUUAUCCACAAUAUCAUCACAAAGAAAAUCAGAAAUAUCGAAUGAAGUCAUACUAACACCAGGAACAUCCAAUUUAUCCAGAAGAUCAUCACAAAGAAAAUCAGAAAAAACGUAUGAGGUCAUGGCAAUUACAGAAACAUCCAAUUUAUCCAGAAGAUCAUCAAAAAAAAAAAAGAUCUGAUUUAAAAUUAUCGAAAACAAGAGUAUGUGGAACAAUGACACCGUACUCGGACAAAGUUGCACCCCUUGAACAAAAAUCUCGAAAAAAUUAAUCAGAAUCAUCAUCGCCCAAAAUCUAAAAAAUGUGGGAUAUUACCAUAACAUUUGACCUGAUAUAAAAAUCGAUGAAUGUAAAACGCGCUGCUAUUAAAAAAUCGAAAUUUACUUAAGAACGGAAUUCAAGCCUUUACUGAGCUUGAAUUAAAAAAUAGUUUCAAAGAAGUUUUUGACAUUAAUGUUCAAUUUGUAAGAAUGAGUUAAAGAUACUAGAUUUUUUCAUUAGUGAUAUAUUUGCGAAGAAAAAUAUUAGUUUGACUGUUUAAGUGAAGCAGAAUAUUCAACAAUGUAUAAGUACAAUUUUUUUCACAUUCAAGGGCAAGGAACGAUAAAUGUUUCAGGGACAGUUUUAGUCCAUGUCGCUUUUGAAUACUUUUGUUAUAUUAGAGUAAAUAAAUUUAAUACUAGGAUCAUUAGCUUUUAAAUUAUGUGUUGAAUUAAGUAUUUUAUAAAGCAAAUUUUUCUAUAAUAAAGACUUGCAGAAAGAAACUUGUACAUUGAUACGUUAACGGUUAAAUUACAACUGCAUGCAUUGAUGCUCUAAAGUAUCGUAAAUUAAACAAAUAAAAGAGGAUCUAUUAAAGUAUAUAGAAAAAAAUUAUGAUUUAUAAGGAGGUUUCCAAACAUUGCGGAAAAAAGUAAUGUUUAAAGCAAUCGUCAAAAAUUUUGUUUAAC